ACAUCUCGUGUUCCAGCCCAAACCGUGGAAAAUUCCAUCUGCUACCUGCACUAUAUCCCCUCCUCUUCACGCCGUCUCAAUUUCAGUUUAAAAAAAAGAAGAAAGAUUAAUAUUUGAUUUUUCUUGGGUAUUAGUGCAGAAACAACAAACAAAGAGGCAGAAACUCACUCACAUCAACGCAGAAAGCGACAAAGGUAAAAGUCGGAGAGAAAGUAAAAGGCUCAGAAGAAGAAGGAGAAGAAAAGAUCAGAUUUUUAGUUUUUUAAUUUCUAUUUUUGUUUCUUUCUUUUAUUUUUUGCUUUUCAAUUGCUUCGCUUGACUGUUUCGAAUCGGAAUAAGUCCGGAAGAAUUUCGAGGCGGCCACCAUGGCUGUCGUCAUCCUUAUUUCCUCUUCUUUCCCGGAAAAUCAAAGAUCAUCCAACUCUCUGAGAAGCUAUGAGGAACAGCGAGACUAGGCCGCCCGAGAAGCUGCGUUUACAUAGAGUAAGAAAACGUUUAAGGAAUAUCAGAAUGAAGUGUUUGUGUUCUGGUGAACAAAUGAGACUCAUUGAGGAAGAAGACAAGCGGUCCGAGCUUGGUGUAGGCAAUGUGAGCUCAGCUUUAUCAGCUGCUGAGAGCGAGAACGCCAAGAAGCUAGAUAAUGGGAACAUCGAAGAAGCAGAGUUGUCUCUGCGUGAGACAAGCUCUUUGAACUACGAGGAGGCGAGGGCACUUUUGGGAAGAAUCGAGUAUCAGAAAGGGAACAUAGAGGCGGCAUUGAGAGUCUUUGAAGGGAUUGAUAUCAACGGGAUCACAAUAAAGAUGAAAUCGGCUUUAACCGCUAGAGAAGAAAAAAAACAUAGAAGACGGUCCAAAGGCAGCUUUGUUGCUCCUCCUCAGCCUCCCAUGUCUAAACACGCUGUUAGUUUGCUUUUCGAAGCUAUCUUCCUCAAAGCGAAGUCUCUCCAGCGUCUUGGAAGGUUCCAAGAAGCUGCGCAGUCUUGCAGAGUUAUUCUCGAUAUAAUCGAGGCUUCUGUAUCAGAAGGGGCCUCAGAGAAUGUGACUGGUGACAUCAAGCUACAGGAGACGCUGACCAAAGCGGUCGAGCUGCUUCCUCAGCUGUGGAAGCUUGCUGAUUCGCCACGUGAUGCUAUAUUGUCUUAUAGACGAGCGCUUCUCAAUCACUGGAAGCUCGAUCCUGAAACCACAGCGAGGAUACAGAAAGAGUACGCAGUCUUUCUUCUCUACUCCGGUGAAGAAGCCGUGCCGCCUAACCUCCGUUCUCAGACGGAAGGCUCUUUCAUUCCGAGGAACAAUGUUGAAGAAGCUAUUCUCCUUCUCAUGUUACUCCUCAGGAAAGUUAACCAGAAAAGAAUCUCGUGGGAUGCUUCCAUCUUGGACCAUCUCUCCUUCGCUCUCACAAUGGCUGGCGACCUAACCGCUCUGGCUAAGCAGCUAGAAGAGCUUAGCCCCGAGAUUUUGGACCAGAGGGAGCUUUACCAUACGUUGUCUCUGUGUUACCACGGUGCAGGAGAAGGUCUUGUUGCUCUCGGUUUACUUAGGAAGCUAUUCUCAGAAAGGGAGGAUCCAAACCGGAUAUCAGGUCUGCUGAUGGCUUCCAAGAUAUGCGGCGAGAGACCUGGCCUCGCUGAGGAAGGGUUAGACUAUGCUCGGAGAGCGAUAGGAAGCUUGGGGAACGAAUGCGUUCAGUUAGAUGGUGCGGCGCGUCUAGUUUUAGGCAUUGCACUCACUGAAAGCUCGAGGACAACAGCUACCGAGGCCGAGAGGGUAGCUAGGCAAUCCGAGGGGAUGCAGGCGUUGGCAUCUGCGGAUAUGACAGACCCGAGAGUCCUGCACCGUCUUGCCUUAGAGAACGCAGAGCAGAGGAAGCUUGAUUCUGCUUUAGUGUACGCUAAGCAAGCGUUGAAGCUUGGAGCGGAGUCUGAUCUUGAAGCGUGGUUACUUCUUGCUCGGGUUUUAUCCGCGCUGAAGAGGUUUUCAGAUGCUGAGACUAUUGCCGAUGCAGCGCUUAACGAGACUGGGAAGUGGGAGCAAGGGAAGCUGUUGCGCUUGAAGGCGAAGCUUCGUUUAGCUAGAGGAGAAGUGAAGGAGGGGAUCAAGAGUUACACGGAAGUUCUCGCUCUCCUUCAGGUUCAGAGCAAAAGCUUAAACUCUUCAAAGAAGCUGCCAAAGGGAUAUGUAGAGGAAUUGAGGAGUCUGGAGCUUGGGACGUGGCAUGACCUUGCUCAUAUCUAUAUAGACCUCUCGCAGUGGCGUGACGCAGAGACGUGUCUCUCGAGGUCAAGACUCAUCGCGCCUUACUCUCCUCUUCGAUACCACGCUGAAGGUGUACUGUACCAGAGACGGGGACAAUUGGAAGAAGCGAUGGAGGCAUUCACAACUGCUCUAGACAUCGAUCCGAUGCACGUCCCGAGCCUAAUAUCAAAGGCUGAGAUUCUUUUGGAGCUAGGGAACCGAUCAAGCGUAGCGGUUGUAAGAAGCUUUUUGAUGGAGGCUCUUAGGAUUGAUAGGAUGAACCACUCGGCUUGGUACAAUCUUGGGAAGAUGUUCAAAGCUGAAGGAUCUAUCUCGUCGAAGCAAGAAGCCGUUGAGUGUUUUCAAGCAGCUGUUGCAUUGGAGAAAACAAUGCCAGUGGAGCCAUUCAGAUGAUUCUUUUACGUUUUUUUUUUUGGUUUUGGUUUUAUGAUUUCUCCUUUUUGGUUUUGGUUUUGGUUUUGGUUUUGAUAUAUAGAUGGAUAUAUAUGAUAUAAAGAUGUAUGUGUGAGUAUCUGAUUUGAUGUGAAGUUUAUAUACAUUCUGUAACACAUAGUUGAACAGAAACUGAAUAGGUUGUGGUCAAGUGUCAUUGUAAGCCAGUUAUAAGUCUAAUAUUCUGAAAAUAUUGAGACAGAAUAUGUAUCUGUAAACUAAUGAUGAGUUGAGCAUUUAGAUUACAUUCGAAUGAUGA